AUGGUACUAAGUCCCAAGUGUUUCCUGAAUGAAGAUUUUCAGUUAUUCUACAACACCACUAAUGGUGAUCCCCARYUGAUGAUGUACUCCGAUUCCGAUGAUACACCAAUUUUUAACAUAUCUCUGCAUGGGCAAGUGGCGACCACCAUGUGGGCGGCUUCCGAAUGUUAUGUGGGUGAGGGCAAUGACCUGGUAGUGAUACUAGUGAAUAGCCCUAACUGGGAACUUCUAGAAGCGGACACCAGAAACAGAUUCAUUACUGUCAGUUGCGACACCUCUGGAACUUUGUAUGACUAUAAUGGCGAGGCAUUCUACAUGGGUUGCAGAUCAGGUUGCCUGAAUGAUACGAAAGUGACGGGGUUAUCAUGCGACGAUGGCCUUGGAUGCURCCAGACCACCAUACCCAAGGGCAUCACUGAUUUUCAUAUAUACACAGGAAGCGUUUACAACUUCUCCUACACAUGGAAUAUCUGCAGAUGUGGGUAUGCCUUUCUGUGUGACAAGGAUUUGAUGGCCUCACAAGUUUCACGCCUUUGGAGCAUGAGAAGCGAAAUGAAAUAUCUCGAAAAUGUUGGCAUCCAAACUCCAAUAAUACCGGAUUGGGCAAUUCAAAACAAGACUUGCGAGGACGCAAGAGGAAUGGAAGAUAAUAUUGUCUGUGGUACUACAAACAGAAUUUGCAGAAUAUAUGGUACUAAUAAAAUGGGCUGUGAUGCAUCUCUUCUUUUGGAUGACAAUUCCACUACCGGCUUCCAAGGGGAGAAGACCGCUGUUCCCAACAAUAACUCCAUGAGAGGAUUUGAAGUGAUCGACGCCAUUAAAAUUAAACUGGAAACUACUGAGUGCCGCGGAGAUGUUUCUUGUGCAGACAUUCUAGCAGUAGCUGCUCCCGACGCCGUCAUUACUUUGGGUGGCACUUCAUGGACAAUGCAGUUAGGGAGAAGAGAUUCAACAACUGCAAAUUUUGCUCUGGCUGACAUUGGUGGCCUCCCGUUUUUUUGA